CGGGACUUUGCGGAGGUGAAGAGCUGAGGUAAAGCUGGGCUGGUUGUGGGCGCUGCUCAGAGGAAGGGAAGGGGCUCAAGGAUGAAGUUUCCUCGCCCUCAGAAGCGGAAGGUUUGGGGUUAUAAGAAAUAAAAUAGAGAUUCUUCUCCAGCACCAUAUCCUCCAGCACAAAGGAUUAUUAGGAGGAAGAAGGCUGCUCAGGCAUAAAAAGGCUUUAUAAAAAGGAGCUUCUUUGACAGAGGUUUUGUUAACUGAGCUGGUGCUGCAUUUCUGAAGGCAUAUGCUGGAUUAAGGAUGAGUCAUUCUAGGUACAGCAGUCCUGUGCAGUAGUCUGCACCUGUGGCAUGGAGAUCACUUAUAGUGAAAGAGAUUUGAAUAUGGCUUUUUCAUUGACUCUGGAAGGCUGAUGAUAUAAUCUUAAAGCUGGCUGCUUUACAGCAAAUUGCAGUAAAGCUCUAUUGAAUCUACUUCCAGAACACCGCUUGAAGCUGGUCCACCAUGCCAUUAGUAACAAGAAACAUUGAGCCAAGGCACCUGUGCCGUCAGACAUUGCCCAAUGUUCGCAGUGAGCUGGAAUGUGUGACCAACAUCACUCUGGCAAAUGUCAUUCGACAGCUGGGCAGCCUGAGUAAAUUUGCAGAGGACAUAUUUGGAGAGCUUUUUACUCAGGCGAACACUUUUGCAUUUCGAGUGAGCUCUCUAGUCGAGAGAGUCGACCGCCUUCAGGUCAAAGUCACUCAGUUGGAUCCCAAAGAAGAAGAAGUGUCCCUGCAAGGUAUCAACACCAGGAAAGCCUUCAAAAGUUCUACAAUUCAGGACCAAAAACUCUUUGACAGAGACUCUCUACCUGUGCCUGUUCUUGAAACAUACAGCGUUUGUAAUAUGCCACCACCUCUGAACAACCUUUCUUCCUACAGGGAUGAUGGCAAAGAAGCACUUAAAUUCUAUACAAAUCCAUCAUAUUUCUUUGAUCUUUGGAAGGAGAAGAUGCUGCAGGAUACAAAGGAUAUAAUGAAAGAGAAGCGGAAGCAUAGGAAAGAAAAGAAAGAUAACCCAAACAGAGGAAAUGUGAAUCCUCGAAAAAUCAAAAGCCGAAAGGAAGAAUGGGAAAAAAUGAAAAUGGGACAAGAGUUUGUUGAGCCAAGAGAAAAACCAGGAGGGUACCCAUCUAACAUGGUCUAUCAGAAUGGUAGCAUUGGCUCCAAUGAAAGUGUUGAUGCCAACUACUAUCCCCCUCCUCCUCAGCCAGAUUCAGUUUCACCAUCCCCUCCUGCAUUCACAGAUGACAGUCUUCCACCACCACCAAUGGAGUUUACCUAUCCAGCACACAAUCAAAGCAGUUCUGGAGGGCUGAAAAAGUCCAGCCUAGUUAGCCCAAGCCACCCUCCACCAGCUCCACCUGUGGGCUCACCACAGGGGGCCAGACCAGGCUUUGCCCCACCUCCUGCCCCACCACCACCACCACCUAUGACAGGUGUUCCUCCCCCGCCUCCACUUACUGGCUUUCCGACUGCAGGCAUCCCACCUCCACCAUCUCCACCCUCAUUCCCACCACACCCAGAUUUUGCAGCCCCUCCACCACCGCCACCUCCAGUAGUAGAGUAUGCCAUUGUACCUACACCCCAGUUAUCCCAGCAGCCAGGCAAUGCACCUCCUCCUCCUCCCCCCCCCCCCCCUCCUGGUCCUCCUCCUUCAUCUUUUGGUAGCAUGGAUGGUUCAGAAGCUCCUCUUCCACAAUCGGAUUCAGUGCCUUCCAAGCCCAAAUCCUCCUUGCCUGCUGUUAGUGAGGCUAGAAGUGACUUGCUUUCUGCCAUUCGUCAGGGAUUCCAGCUUCGCAAAGUAGAGGAGCAGCGCGAACAAGAGAAACGAGAUGUUGUGGGCAACGAUGUUGCAACCAUCCUUUCACGCCGCAUUGCAGUAGAAUACAGCGAUUCAGAGGAUGAUUCUUCAGAGUUUGAUGAGGAUGAUUGGUCUGAUUAAAUUUCAACCCAUCGUUCAGGCUUUCUUGCAACAGAGAGAGAAAUGCACAUAACUUCCCAGAUUGCAAAAACUCUUCACUUUUUAUCUCUUGACCAAUAACCAAAGAUUCAAGUAUCAAGCUUCCAAAUAAUCUUUAUUUUAUUGGUAUUAUGCCUCCUGCCCAGCAAGGAGGAAAAUGAAAAUUUCCCCCAUAUCUCCAGAAUCUCAGGGUCCAAGGAACGGGCAGAGUCUAUUUAUAGAUUUAUUUUGGGUUAGGAAUAUACUUUUUAAAAAGACUUAACAAUGCAGGACACUUUUUGCAUUCAAAAAGUGUUUGUUAAGAUGACAAACAUGUUAAAGGGCAAUAAACCUAAAGGCAAUGCUCUUUCUAUGUAGCUGUAUGUUGGGCAUUGGAAAUGCAUAACAGUAAAUGAUGCUAUGAAAUAGUGACUUGCCUUCUUACCCAGGAAAUGGGCUCAGAUUUUGAUUCCCACUCUAUCCCUUUUACAGUCUUCUUGAAUGCUAACUUCAAAACUUAAAACAAAUGUUUAAGAGUUGUACCAUAUACAGAGCUUUUAACAAGAAAUAUUGUGGAACUGCACACCUACUUUCCCUCCAAAAAAUAGACAAAAUGGGAGAAAUGUGUGAGAAAACAAAAAUAUUUUGCCAAUUUUUUUGGGCUCAACUGUUCUUAUUAAUGGAUGUGGUAUUUCUUAAACUGGGAAGAAUUUGCAGCACCUCAGAUAGGAAAUUAUAAGCAAUGGAGUCCAUAUUCUUAGUCCAGGAGGGAUAUUUUUUGGAAAAGGGUGACAGUGGCAAAUCAUAGCUAUUGGAUCAAGAACCCUACCCCUCUAGAUAUCACAUGUGGCUUUGAGGAAUCACAGAGUGCCUGCUUAUGGAUGAGCUUGGUCAUCUGCAAUGUACAUUGUAUAGUCAACCAUACUAACUUGGUUUGGCCUGGGAAUGGGCAGUAAACCAAGGUUAAGGGGUACACCCCUCACUAGACUUUGGAAGGCACACUAUUCUGCCCAUUCUUUUUUCCCCACAAAAACAAGCUGCAAAUCCCCCCUUCCCCUAUGACCAGCAGGUAAUAUGGCGGGGACAGUUUCACCGUUUCUUGGUGCGGGGGUGGGGGGGGGGGCUUUCUUAAACCAGAAAGUAAGCCAAAGUUCAAAGAUUUUCCUCUUAAAAAGUGGAUUGGGGACUUUUGAGAUUUUUGAGUCUUAAGGCUUGGGGCCAGCAUGCCACCUCUGGGCUGCAUUUCCCCACUUCUACUUUAACCGUUGAGUAGCUAGCCUUCUCUGUUAUUACAUAAAAUCUACGGAUUUGUAACAUCAGUUUGUAGGAGUGGUUCAUGGAGGACAACUGUUAUAAAUGGAAAUAUUCACUAAAUUUUACUUUUAAGAUCAGCACAGCAGCAUUAGGUGUGCAUACCUCUAUCUUGCAAGGAUUUCCUUGCAAGUUGAUAUUUAAGCUGUCAAAGGGCAAGCCUUUAAACUAAUAUGAGGGAUCCUGUUUACUGAAUGAUGCUGGGCACUCUCAUAAGGAAGGUGCUGAUUUUAGGUGCCACUAGGAUACCCUCCUACCUUUUUACCAAUCUGAAAUUGCCUAUCUUUACCUUCCCUUCUUUCUCACUACAUUUUUCAUUGUAAGACUUUAACACCAGGGAAAGAUAAUAUUGGCUGGUGGAGAUGUAAUCUUCUUUCUGUCUGUCUUCUCUUUCCAGCUCUUAUGAUGAUGAUUAGUCUGGUUCUUUUAGAACUUUGGGUGUUGGAGCAAAGCCUAGAGCUCAGUGUUAUAUUUAGCCAAGGGACCAAAGCAGGGAUGGGAAAGUGUGUGGCCCCCUGAAUGCUUUUUGAUUGUCACUCCCAUUGGCCCCAUCCAUCAUAGUUAAUACUGGAGAAUAUGCAGAGUUAAGAGUUCAAAAGGUAAAGGACCACACAUUUCACAUUCUUGAACCAAAGUCUCAAAAGCAGACAAGGAUGUGCUUCAGACUUAAUUUAAUGUCCAAGUGGGGGAGAAUUCAUCUAUAAACUCCACUGGGAAAGUUCCUUCAGACAUUCCUUGUUGGAAUUCUGGUGCUUUUGUUUGCAGCACUGAACAGCUUUGAAUAUAUUUUUUCAGUAUCUUAAAGAAAGGGCAAUUCACUCUUGUUGGUGAUUUACACACUUUAAAAAUCACUCUAGAUCUUAGAAGACAAGAUGCUUAUAAUAAUGCUUCUAGGUUGUCCAAUUCAUUUAGUUCUAAAGAACAUAUUUUAAAGGACCAGGAGAAACUAGCUGCUGUCUUUCACAUGGGCAGUAUACAGACCACCCAAAAAGGCCGAUCUCUCGGCGUCUUGCUUUGCUGUGUGAGGGAGCCGCAGUGGACAAAUCGUGUGGCUCCUUCGCGCAGCAAAAAGGACCUGCAAAAAGCGGGCCCUUCUUGCAGCGCCAUAAAGACGUCGUAGUGCACCAAUGGUGCACUUGUGAUGUCCUUAUGAUGCCAGGACAUGCGGACACUAAGCGUCCAUCGCGUCAAAAUGGUGGCACCCAUGUAGACAGGGCACCGCCAUUUUGCUGCUGCCAGUACG